CCCACAUUCACUCUGGUCAUCAAUUAAAAAAGCAUCAUCAUAGCCUAUGGAAAUUCACCUGGGUUUCAUUGAUGCAGAAAGCCGAUAUUCAUUAUGUUUGUCUUAUUGUUGUUUGAAUGGACUGGAGUUCUGCCCGAAAACCCCAUACAUAUGGGAGAUUUCUUCAUAUUUAUCUUCAUACCCUCCCCUGGCUCCCAGCUCUGCUAUUCCAUCUUCCGUUUUCCAACACUGUCAAGCGGAAUUACUUGAUCAAUUGUCAUAAUAAUCUUACUUGCACCCUCCUCUGUACCCCUAUUUCCUUUCCUCUUUGUUAUCAUGGAAAACCUUGAUCAGAUCAACAGCCUCCCUGGUGGGCUUCGGCACCUUCGAUUUCGUGAUGCUGACGAAUUGGUAAAGUAUGCAGUUCCAGUUGCGACUGUUCCUCGUAAUGGCUUCAAUGCUACCGGGAAAGAAAUCGAACUUCAGCUGAAUGCCUACGCCAUCACCAAGUACCCUAGCCAAAAAGUUUAUCAAUAUGACGUCCAUAUCGGAAAUGGCGUGGAGAAGAGUGGUGUGGUCAAAAAAGUGUGGAAUUCGAUGGCCAGAAAGUCAAAGCUCAAGCAGAUCAUCUUUGACGGACAAAAGCUGGCUUGGUCUCUCAUUGAGUACAGCAAUGGACUCAACAUCAUGGUUGACCUAGAUGCCGAGCAAGGCCGCCCUGCUGGUAAAAUACCAAACGCGUUCCGUCUGGUGGUUCGUCGAACGAAGACUGUCAAUCUGGCUGCUCUAAACAGCUGGCUUCACGGGAAAGUAUCCAUGCAAGAAACUGUUUUGGAAGCUUUGAAUUUCCUAGAUCAUGUUCUCCGAGAAUUCCCAAGUGGGAAAUUUCUCGCUAUCAAACGCUCGUUCUUCGAUGAAAAUGGCGAAUACAGGGAUAUCGGAAAUGGCGUAUUGGCUUUCAAAGGCGUGUACCAGGCCAUUCGCCCUGCCCUUAACCGCGGUCUUAUAGUCAAUGUGGAUGUCUCCAAUACGUGCUUUUGGGCUCGCACGUCCCUCGUGGGUGCAGCAAUGGCCGUUCUGGACUGCCGAGACCAUCAGCACUUAACUCAUCUUUUGAAACCCGUAUCGGAUGGUCAUGGGGGUACCACUGAAUCGUCUGCCUUCUUCGAAGUACAUCGGCGUAUCAAAAAGCUCCAGGUGCAGCCACAUUACCGCGGCUGCCCGGUUCUUGGAACGAACUUCAUUAUCAAGGGUCUCAUCAACUGCAAUGCCAAAAACUACAUGCUCGAUAUUAAAGAUCCUGCCACCGGAGCUACGCAGAGACUUAGCGUUGAAGGCUACUUCAAGAAGAAGUACAAUAUCGUCAUCAGCUUAUGGGAGCUUCCGAUGGUUGAAAUGACGAAAAAAGGUGUCGUUUAUCCCAUGGAAUUUUUAACAAUCCAUGGCCUUCACCGGUAUUUGUGGAAACUGAACGAGUACCAAACUUCUCAGAUGAUUAAGUAUGCUGCGUCCCGGCCAGCGGAUCGCCUGAAUUCAAUUCAGAACUCGAAGAAAAUGCUUGAUCACUCCAACGAUCCCGUGCUUCAAACCUUCGGUUUGCAGGUUGACAGCAAUAUGAUCCGUACAAAAGCCCGUCUGCUACCAGCCCCCGAUAUUCAGUUUGGCGCAAACCAGCGUUGCAACCCUGGCACAAAUGGGCGCUGGGAUUUAAGAGGAAAGAAGUUUUAUCAACCAAACAAAAGGCCUCUCGAUUGCUGGGGUGUCGGCUAUUUUCCCGGAAAGCGCAAUGCGAUAAACCGUACUCAGGUGGAAGCAUUCUGUGACGCUUUAAUGAAAGGAUACUCUGGACACGGAGGUAAUGUGGUGCGACGCCCUCUUGUUGUCGAAUUAAAGGAGGAUGUGGGCGAAGCCAUUAAGACACUGUACAACUCCACCGGAGUGAAGUUCCAGAAGGAUCCCCAAUUGCUCGUUGUCAUCGUUACAGACAAAAACUCCUUUACCUACUCUCGCAUCAAGAAAUCAUGCGACUGUCGUUGGGGAGUGCCUUCCCAGGUGUUGCAGUCGGCACAUGUAGCCAAAGCAAAUCCUCAGUACGUUUCCAAUGUCUUGAUGAAAGUCAACGCAAAGCUCGGAGGAACCACGGCUCGGGCCAUUCCUAAAGUCAACGAAGCAGCGUUAAGACCCGGAUCGAUGAUUAUCGGCGCUGACGUCUCCCAUGCGCCCCACGGCGUCUGGCUGCCUUCGCUGGCAGCAAUGUCGGUUUGCAUGGAUACCUUUGGCGGACGCUACUGGGGAGCCUGUGAGGCAAAUGGAGAUCGUGUGGAGAUCAUAGCACGAGCAAAUAUUGAGGUCAUCCUGACUCCUUUGAUCCGCGAGUGGAUGUCAACGGUCGGUGGUGGCCGUGCUCCUGAGCACGUGUACUACUUCCGCGAUGGAGUGUCCACAGGACAGUUCGAACACGUCCUUAACCAGGAAGUCUUUGAUAUGAAGUCAAUCUUUAUGAAUUUGACCAAUAACCUAUGGAAAGGAAAAUUCACUGUUGUCAUAGCUAACAAACGUCACCAUCUCCGUGCGUUCCCAAAGCCUGGCGAUCGCAACUCAGCAGACAAGAACGGCAACCCUCUUCCGGGUACCCUAAUCGAAAGAGAUGUUACCAGUCCCCAUGACUGGGACUUCUUAUUGUAUUCGCAUAUCGCCCUUCAGGGAACAUCUCGUCCUGUUCACUAUCAUGUGAUCCUCGACCAAAUCAAACAUCGUCCUCAAGAAUUGGAGAACUUGGUUUACGACCACUGUUAUCAAUACAUGCGGUCGACGACUUCGGUUUCUCUAUUCCCCGCGGUCUAUUACGCUCAUCUUAUCGCAACCCGUGCGCGACAUCAUGAUGAUGCCCCGGCUAGCUCCGGUCCUCAGAGCGGGCCAGAGAUCAAACUCACCAACCCUAAGCCUAAGAACAAGCCAAUCGAUCCCAGGCUUCUGCCUAUUCACGGGACAUCAAACCGGUUGCCCUUCAGCAUGUGGUACAUUUAGAGUAUCAAGGGCCUCUUCAAACAAAUCUAUGUCUAGUACAUGGGUUGGAAGGCUACUUUCAAAGCUCUCCUCUUCUUUCUGCUCUUUUUUGCGCAGUCUAACUUCUAGGCUCAUAGCUUUGACAGCCAUGCACAUUAAAUACAAAAUUCAGGCUAGCGAUGGACUGGUCCACGGGAUCUGACUUACUCUGGAAGUAGAUGGAACUACGUGAUUGGGAAGUCGCAGGCCAUAUUUUAAUUUGUACUUAGCAUAGGCCAAUACCAC